AUGAGCAAAUGUGAUAACCAAAAUACAAAUUCGAAUGAAGAAAGUACCAUUCAUGAGUUAGACGUGGCUGUCAAAACGGAAGAUCACAAUGAAAUUACUGAUGAGACCGUAGAAAGAAAUAAUCGACUGAUUGCAAGUGGUGGUAUCACCGGCAUCAACGAUAAUCUCAAUUCUGUGGUAGGAUAUGCUGCAGAACCAUUGUUACCACUUCAUGAAGCAUGCUUUCCAUUGGUUGACAUUCUCUACAACCUAUCAUUUUACGUAGAAUUGGCACUCAAUGCAACGCCACAGGAGCCACCCGGUGGGCUGACUGUAGACGAGAGUGCUGCUAUUCGUCUCUAUACUAUUGAAUGGGAAAAACCGCAUCGAAGUCUCUAUUCAAUGCUGAACCAUACUCUCAAGAUGGCGUCACGUGAAGAACUUCGACCUUAUUUCAAGUAUCUCAAGUUGUUUUUGACUGCUCUCGUUAAAAUACCUUGUGUUCCACCGUUAACGGUUUGGCGAGGUGUAACCAAAAAUUUCAGCGCUGAUUUUCCACCAGGUGCUCUCGUAACAUGGUGGGCAUUUUCAUCGUGCACUCAUGAAUUGACCGUAUUAGAAAACAACAUGUAUCUAGGUACGAGUGGCGAGAGAACUCUUUUCUCCGUUGAAGCGAUCAAUGGUCGCACAGUACGAGCUCACUCACAUUUCGUUACCGAAGAUGAAAUUCUUCUUUUACCUGGUACACAAAUGGAAGUUCAAUCAAUGUUUAGCCCGGCACCUGAUCUCCAUAUCAUUCAUUUAAAACAGAUAAAACCGACCGAGACUCUUCUCGAACCUCCAUUUGAAGGCAAGCUUAACAGAGCAUGA